UGGGCAGGGCGGCCCGGUGUUGAUGUGAAUGUAACCCGUUAUGGAAAGAGGGCCGGACAGGGGAGGUAAAAGGUCAGCAUGGCACCGUCGGAUCAGGUGACAAAUGUGGAGAAGUCGCACAAAUCGGGGCAGAAUGAACGAGGAGGAACAGAUCAGGGGCAGAUCGGAGGAGGAGGAGGAGGAUGAAGAGGGAUUAGUGUUCGGAUAUUAUGAUGAAGAUGAUGAUGAUUUUGAUGCGUUUAUAGACGGAGAUGGAGAGUGCGCAUGCGAGCAAGGGGUGCUGGGUUUCCAGGACCCGUUCUGCAGUGAGGUGAAGCCUCGCAUCCUGCUGAUGGGUUUACGCCGCAGCGGUAAGUCCUCCAUCCAGAAGGUGGUCUUCCACAAGAUGUCCCCGAACGAGACUCUGUUCCUGGAGAGCACCAAUAAGAUCUGCAGAGAGGACGUGUCCAACAGCUCCUUCGUCAACUUCCAGAUCUGGGAUUUUCCUGGUCAGAUCGAUUUCUUCGAUCCCACCUUCGACUACGAGAUGAUAUUCCGGGGGACGGGGGCGCUGAUUUUCGUCAUCGACUCGCAGGAUGAUUACGUGGAGGCCCUGAGCAGACUCCACCUCACCGUGACCCGGGCGUACAAAGUGAACCCCGACAUCAACUUCGAGGUGUUCAUCCAUAAAGUGGACGGCCUGUCCGACGACCACAAGAUCGAGAAACAGACCGACAUACACAAGCGCGCCAACGACGACCUGGCAGACGCCGGGCUGGAGAGGAUCCAUUUAAGCUUCUACUUGACUAGCAUCUACGACCACUCCAUCUUCGAGGCCUUCAGUAAGGUCGUGCAGAAGCUCAUCCCUCAGCUCCCGACCCUGGAGAACCUGCUCAACAUCUUCAUAUCUAAUUCGGGCAUUGAGAAGGCGUUCCUGUUCGACGUGGUCAGCAAGAUCUACAUCGCCACAGACAGCAGCCCGGUGGACAUGCAGACGUACGAGCUGUGCUGCGACAUGAUCGACGUGGUCAUCGACAUCUCCUGCAUCUACGGUUUGCGAGAGGAUGAGAGCUCCCCGUAUGAUAAAGAAUCGAUGGCCAUCAUCCACCUGAACAACACCACAGUGAUGUACCUGAAGGAGGUCACCAAGUUCCUCGCCCUCGUCUGUUUCCUCAGAGAGGAGAGCUUCGAAAGGAAAGGACUGAUCGACUACAACUUCCACUGUUUUAAGAAGGCCAUAGAGGAGGUGUUCGACCUGCGGCUGAAAAUACAGAGAAACCGCAAACUUCUCAACCAGAGGAGGUGGAGCCGGCAGAGCGCAGCCAACGGUGCACAUACCCAGCACCACUGAACCUUCAUCAUCACCAUCAUCAUCAUCAUCAUCUAGGAUCAUGAAGGAACCGCCGCCUACACUACCGGCUAACUUCUACACCAGCUUCAGAGACGCCUUAGAGUUAAACUGAAUUUUUGUAAAAAUAAAUUGGUUGGCACCUGACUGGUUGGCACGUGCUUGUAACGAGACAGUUUGGAAUCAGUGCUGCCGGCUCAGGUGUAGAUCUUAUUAUGAGCGCUAAUAACAGCGACGUUAGAUCUGCUAAACAAAACAUGUAAUAACAUGGAUCUUAAGGAUGUUGAACCUUGCUUCAGCUCGCUGUCUGUGCUGAGUUUGGUAUGUUCACCACACGUUUGUGUUCAUUUAAUUUCUUUCCUUUUCUUAAUGGUGUAAAACAACUAGGUGUGAGUGAAUUAAUUGGAGUAUGUUGCUUUAAGAUGAAUUAACACUCAGUCCAGGCCGUACCUGGUAUUUCCAUGUGCCACCGGACCCACUGCAUCCCAGAUCAGAAUAAAUCGGUUGCUUAGAUGAAUGAAUAAAUAAUAAUGUUGAUGUUGAUGCCGCCACUCGAAUGAAUUCUAAUGCAGUGUCGCCCCCUGUUGGCGUCAGAAUGAACUUCACAUCUAAAACAUGUUCAUUCAGAUGAACGUAAAGUUCCUUAAAAACGACUUUAAAUUGUUCAAAGUUCUUAUUCUGAUUACUUAGAUUCAUGCUUUAGGGUCAUCUUAAUUAUAAAAGUGCAAAAUAAUCAUUUUUCUGUUUAAACCCGAGACUUAAAGCAACAAAAAAAACAUAAAUGUUAUUUUGAGCCAAUCGCAUUUAACGUGUGGACUGAAGAUCUUAGGCUAAAUCUCGGACUCUUUUAGGCCUGUUAACGUCACCCACACAAGAUCAAGUGUACACAAAUAUAUACAAUAAAUGACAUGCUUUCAAAUGUGGCUAAAACUU